AUGCUUCGGGACCGAUUGAAACGAAUCAUGAUUCAAAAGGAAUUGAAGAAUGAGAAGAACACGACAGCAGAAGCUUCUGAUCAUCCAACAUUGGCCUCUUUGAAAAAACAGGAAAAUAAUCAAAGUGGUAUUUCAAAUAAUUUGAUAUUAAAACAAGAAAAUAGUUCGGGAAAUGAUCAUGCGAAAUCCACAACAACAACCACCUCUUCCAAUCCUCUCUCAUCAUCAUCUGCAUUGAAGAAUUCAUCAUCCACUCAGCAACUCGUUAAAAAAUCAGCAAAAAAUUCUCUCAACAAGCCUCUUUCUCAAAAAGGAAAUACAAAGCCUUCCUCUUCAUCAAACCAAAGCAACAACAAGGAAGAUAAAAAACGAAAAUUAGAUCAAGCUCUUUCCCAAUCGGAAAAACCCUCCAAGAAGAAGAAGAAAAACAAGAAAAAGAAGCAAAAACAAGACAAGAAGGAAGGAGCAGUUCUCAAAGUUGAAACUGAAAAUAUUUUCAUUUCGGAACAAGAAUUGAAAGCAUGUUUCCCUAACUGUAGUGCAGUGCUGAGAAUUGGACCACGAUUAAUACUAGUCGCAUUUGAAAAAGAGGAGCAAGCCAAAGAGUAUUUAACACAAGAAAUUGCUCAAGAAUCGAAUCCAACGAAUAAGAAAAAACUUGUUGUUAAAAAGGAAAUGAAUGGACAACAAUUUACAAUUUCAAUGCAUGGUACUAAGGAUAUUUAUCGUCCAAGUUGGUUUGAUGUCAAACCACGAACUACUUUGGGAGUAUCACUUGGAUUGGCAGAGAAUCAAAAAGUGACAUCUAAAUUUGCAUCUUUUUUAGAAAAAUUAUUACAUGAAAAAUUGGGAACCUCAGAAAAUGUUUCAAUUAGUGACAUUCAUAAGGGAAAGGUAGUGUUUUUCCAAGAUGCCACUGUCGAAGAGAAGUUUAAACAAUUGGUUGAGAGUGGUGAAUUUAAGGUUCCUCUCGAAUACAUUCGAGAAAAGAAGAAGAAGGAACGAAAACACAAGAAGAAAUAA